AUGAGAUACAGUACGCUACUGUCCUUUGCCUUCGCCCCCAGGACUCUGGCUUCCCCAGCCCCUGAUCCUGUCCAAGUCCGGGCUGCUUCACUAACUUAUACCCUUACCAGCGGCUUCACCGGCCUCCACACUUCGGUGGCUCCACCUUCCUGCCUCGGAAUCACCAACGGCACUACAGACAACGACUUGAUCAACGGCGUCUGCAAGAACCUGACCCUCGUUUUCGCUCGCGGCACCACCGAAAAAGGCAACAUUGGCGAUAUCGUCGGCCCUCCUUUUGUCCAUGCUCUCGUUAGCAUGCUCGGCGAAGCUCAAGUAGCCGUCCAGGGGGUCAAUAAUUAUCCCGCCGACGUCCAGGACUUUCUCGCUGGGGGAAGCGUCACUGGAAGUCAUGACAUGGCCGCGUUGAUUGCUCAGACAGUGACGCAGUGUCCGGGAACGAAGUUGUGUGUGUCAGGGUACAGCCAGGGAGCUCAGAUUGCUCACAAUGCUGCGAAAUUGAUCUCCCCGGCUCAGACGAGCUUCAUCAACUCGGUUGUGCUUUUCGGUGACCCUGAUGACGGUGAGGCGUUUGGCAAGGUGUCUGCGAGCAAUAUUUCUACAGAUUGCCAUAUAGGUGACGAUAUCUGUCUACACGGAGAUUGGAUUCUGGUUCCGCACUUGGAUCAUUGUCUGGACGCGGACACUGAGGCCAGCUUUGUGGUUCAGAAAUCAGGGCUGAAGACUGUCGGUGGAGCUGCUUCCUAA